AUGUGCAUGCAACAUCAUACAUGUGCUCUUUUUUUUGCUAGUUGCACGGCGUUCAUUUGCUUUCAUUGGUUGGGUUGUACUUUUGGCUGCCGUUCCUUUCUUUUUUUUUUUACUUUUGGGUUUUUUUCAAAGAGAGAGGAAAGAGUCCAAUCGAACACUGCAAGCAUGGGCAAGAUCCGCACGAAGACGGUGAAGCGCGCGUCGAAGCAGCUGGUGGAGAAGUAUUUCUCGAAGCUGAACAAGGACUUCUACCAGAACAAACGCGUUGUCAUGGACGUCACCAUCGCCCGCUCCAAAAAGCUGAAGAACAAGAUUGCCGGGUAUACGACACACAUCAUGAAGCGCCUGGCCCGCGGCCCCGUCCGUGGCAUCUCGCUGAAGCUGCAGGAGGAGGAGCGCGAGCGCCGCAUGGACUACGUGCCGGAGGUGUCGCAUGUUGACCAGGCCAUCCAGGACGGCGUGCACGUGGACAAGCAGACCUUCAGCAUGCUGAAGCGCAUGGAGACGGGCGUGCCUCGCCACGUGGCGCUCACCACCGUCGUGGCUCCUGUCACCAAGAAGGGUGGCCGCCGCGCGCCUGCCCGCAAGUGA